AUGGCUUCUACACUCCCAGCGUUCACAGACCUCAAUGCUACAUGGACAUUCAUCCAACCUGGACUUGAGUUUAUACUUGGUGCGCAAAAUGACCAAGGCGUGACGUCAACCAUGUACAUGAACUGUUACACUGCGGUCUACAAUUAUUGUGUUAACAAGUCACGCCGUGGCUCUACCCCAGCGUCAAUUGCAAGUAACACAGAGAACAACUCCUACUCUCUUGCUGGCGCUGAGAUAUAUAAUAAGCUCGAUGUGUAUUUAGUCCAGUUUAUUCGCAAUUUGAAGAAAACCCCACAAGAAUCUUUUUUGGAGUUUUACGUACGCAAAUGGACGAGGUUCACCAUUGGUGCAGUAUACAUGAAUAAUGUAUUUGAUUACAUGAAUAGAUACUGGGUCCAGAAGGAGAGAUCGGACGGAAGAAAAGAUGUGUUUGAUGUUAAUACAUUAUCAUUAAUUAAAUGGAGAAACGAAAUGUUUCAACCAAAUGAAGAAGUCCUAGUUAGUCAAAUCUUGGAUUUGAUUGAAAAGCAAAGGAACCAUCGUAUUGUGGAUGCCAACCUCAUUUCGACUGCAAUUAAGUCACUAGUAUUCUUGAGCAUCGAUAUUCAGGAUUUGAAAAAGCCCAAUUUGAUCAUUUACGUCAAUUCAUUUGAAAAACCCUUUUUGGAGGCAACCAUGAAAUACUAUGUCAAUGAAAGUUCAGAAUACUUGGCUCACCACAAUGUUGUGGAUUACAUGAAAAAAUGCGAGACAAGAUUAACAGAAGAAAUUAGUAGAGCAAACACGUAUUUGGAAGACCAUUCAAAGAAGGCAUUUGUUGAUAUUUUGAACCAAGCAAUGAUUGAAAACCAUGCACAAGAGAUGUACGAGCAAUUCAUCGUGUUAUUGGAACAAAAGCAAACGGAGCAUAUCCAGCGAAUGUACAAAUUGUUAUCGCGUGUGCCCAAGACACUUGAUCCAUUGGCCAGCGCACUAGAAGAAUAUAUCAAAAAGGAGGCAAAUUCAGCGUUAGAGGAGUUGAAGAACCAAACCGAGAUGGAAAUUAAGGAAGGAAAGAGGAAACCUGGUGCAGGUGUUGAGCCUAAACAAUAUGUAAACACGUUGAUUGCUAUAUACAAUCAAUUUAACGAGGUUGUUGUGCAAGCAUUUAAUAAGGACACCAAGUUCAUUAGAUCAUUGGACAAUGCAUGUCGGUCGUUUGUCAAUAAUAAUGUCAUUGCAAUAACCAAGCCAAGAGCACCAAGCAAGACUCCCGAAUUACUUGCCAAGUAUGCCGAUGGUUUCCUCAAGACUAGUGCAAAGGAUUCUGACAUUGUUGAUAUGAAUGCAGACAAUUUGAUGAUUGUGUUUAAAUUUAUUAAUGAUAAAGAUACGUUUGAAGAGCACUACAGGCGAUCUUUGGCCAAGCGGUUGAUCAGUGGAACAUGCAAGUCAGAUGAACUUGAAGAAGGCGUAAUACACAGACUUCAGGAAGAAAACUCUAUCGAGUAUACUUCGAAAAUGACCAAGAUGUUUUCCGAUAUGAAAGCUUCUGAGGAAUUGAAACUUAAAGUGAAGGAGAAACUGAAUCAGGCAGAUAGUAGCAACGAGAGCAAUAAUGGAUUGAUUAAAGAUUUCAAUCCAUUGGUUUUAGCUCAGAGUAUGUGGCCUUUCCGUCAUGUGCCAGAUUACGAUUUGAAUGUAGCACCUGAAUUGCAAUCACCAUUUGGACACUUGAAAGAAGUAUACACGGAGCAACAUAGCGGUAGACAGUUGCAGUGGCUUUGGAACCAUGGCCGUGCAGAAUUAAAGGCUAAUUUAUCACGAAAGGGCAAGCCGCCAUUUUCAUUCACUGUGUCUAAUGUUCAAUUAAUGAUUUUGUUUGCAUUUAACAAGCAAAAUAGUUAUACUUUUAGACAAUUGCACGAAAUAGUGGGCACCAAAAAAGAGACAUUCGAAGCACAUCUUUUGCCAUUUACCAAGUUCAAACUCAUAGACCAAUCCACCCCUUCCAUUACCGAUGAUACUGUAUUUACAAUUGUUGAAGAAUACAAGUCCAAGAAGCUCAAGGUAAAUUUCAUCAGUGCCAUCAAAACCAAUGAGGUGAGACAAGAAGAAGACGAGGCAAGCAAGGAGAUUGACGAAGCUAGAAAGACUUAUUUGCAAGCCUGUAUUGUUCGGAUAAUGAAACUGAGGAAACAAAUGAAGAAUAAUGAAUUAAUAAAUGAGGUGCUUCCACAAACAAGCUCGAGGUUCAAGGCAAAAAUUAUUGAUGUCAAAAGAGUCAUUGAUCUGUUGAUCGAGAAGGAAUACUUGAAACGUUUGGAUAAUGAAACUUACGAGUAUAUAAGCUGA